AUGACUACUGCCCAUAAGCCUACUUGGUAGCCAGCUAGAGGAACUGAAACCGGUGGUGCUAGCUUAAGCGUGCCUACAAGAUCUUAUUCUUCAAGAGAUCUACCUGGUCAUCUUACUCUUAAAGUGAGGCAAGAUGGUUAAAACAGCAGAAAUGAUUUAAAAUAUAAAGAUUUCAAGGCUGAAUUGUUGGAAAAAGAGAAAAAAUAUUAGAAAGAAAAGAAUGAAAAACUUGGAAUUUACAGUUAAAUUGAGGAAGAUAAAAAGGAUCCCAUCACAUACAAAGAGCCAGAGUAGCGUAAAAAGCUGAAAACAGAAUCUUCAAAUGUCAUUUAAUAACUGAAGCAAUAUGGCAGUGAUGAUGAAGAUGACAUAAAAAAUAAACCCAUUAGUGGAAUAGGUGAUAAUGAUGAAGAAAGUGAUUCAAAUAGCAGUAGCAGUGAAGAAAUAGAUGAAGAAGCAAUUAAAAAGAAAGCUGCAGAAUCAAUAAAUCCUUUUCCUUAAGACGCAGAUGAUUUAGAUUUUGCAAAUACAUCUUCAUCAGAGUCUGAAAAAGAAGACAAAGAAGCUUCGAGUCAAAGCAGCAGCAGUGAUAGUGAUAGCGAUGACGAAGAAUUACUGAUGAAGGAAUAUCAAAAAAUAAAAGAAUAAAGAGAGGCUGAAGAAAAAGAAAAGUUAAGAUUGAAGUAAGAAGAACUUGAAAAACAAAGACAAUAAAAUUUAUUAACACACAACCCACUUCUUGAUCAAUCUUCUGGCUACAACCUCAAAAAGAAAUGGUUUGAAGACUCAGUUUUUAAAAACCAAGCAAAGAAAGAUAAAGAUGAAAAGUAAAGAUUCAUUAAUGACAACGUGAGAAGUGAUUUCCACAGGAAGUUCCUUAAAAAAUUUAUUUACACAUGA